AUGGUGGACCCAGUGAAAUCUGACGGUACCAAUUUCGUUGCUUGCCGCAGACAAUAUACAAUCGUUGGACCGGGAACCAUACACUCUCAUCGAGACUACAAUGUGGCUGUCGCCGUGCAUCACACCAAGGAGCCUGUUACCUUGAAGAUUGGUAUUACGGGACCUUCGUACAACGAGACCCAAACGGUCGAGUUGCCAAAUAGCGAUGAGUUCAAGCAGAUUACCUUCAAGUUGCCUCCUCUAAAAUCUGGAGACUAUAACUUAACCGCAGAGGGCGUCUCGGGACUAGAGUUCAAGAACUCCACGCAGCUUACUUUGGCAGAGUUUAAGCCCUACGUCAAGCUGCAAACCGAUAAGGGAAAGUAUAAGCCCGGCGACACUAUCAACUACCGCGUAAUCUUCUUGGAUGAGAACCUGAGGCCAAGUGUGGCCGAGGAUGAUGUAGUCGUAUGGUUCGAGGAUCCCAAACGCAAUCGCAUUAAAGAGCUUAAGCACAUCAAGACUCGAGGUGGUGUCUACACCGGAAAAUUUGAACUGUCGGAGUUUGCCAUUCUGGGCUCGUGGACCCUUUCGGUGCAGAGUGGCAAUUCCUAUUCGGAUGAGCGGGCCUACUUUGACGUGGAGAAAUACGUGCUCCCUAAAUACAUCGUCAAAAUGGAUGCGACUCAGCAUGUGUCGGUCAAGGACGGUGAUAUGCAGGUUGUUGUGAAAGCCAAUUACACCUAUGGCAAGCCAGUAAAUGGCAAAGUACUGCUCAAUGUGCACACGGACGAGUCAAGCUCAUGGUCCACGGUAAAUGGCGAAACAGUCCGCACAGACACGCCAGGGCACGCUCUCAUCAGAACUGCGGAGAUGGUCAACGGCAAGGCGAAAUUUGAUAUUAAUGUUAAGGAAUUUGCUACUUUCUUGCCACACAAAACGUCGUCGUGGUACGCACAGAUUUUGGCCACUGUUGAGGAGGACUUUACAGGUGUUCAACUUAACGAAACUGGGGGCGUACAACUUUAUCCGUAUCGCUACGAAAUGUCCUGCGUGGACUACAGCUCUUGCUAUUCCUUUGUAGCCGAUAAGGAACACGAAAUCAUCUUCAAAGUCACUCUUGUUGAUGGCACCCUACUAAAAGACACCAAGACCCCUGUCAAGGCAAAGUUCACCGAGGGCAUACGCCACUCUAGAUAUGGCGAAGAGUCCAAAUUACCGACAAUUGAGAAGAAAUCCCUUGAAUUUGAGAGCCACCUAAACGAGUCCAGCUUGGCUGUCUUUAAGAUCACGCUGCCAGAUUUACCUGACAUGGAAAACUAUACGCGUUACUACAGCAUCGAGUUACAGUUUGAUGGAGAAGAGCGAGAGCUGUAUACAACCUAUCCCUACAGGGAGCCAAAGAAAAUUGAACCACUUCCUGAAGAAGAGAAGGAAAAGGAAUGGUUUAAGGUCGACGUGCAGAGACCUAAGGACAUAUGGAGCCUCAAAAUCGGAGAGGAAUACCAAAUUACUUUGAACUCCAGUCGUCCGCUCAAGUACUUUGUGUACAACAUCAUUGGACGUGGCAAUGUCCUGCAAACGGAACGAAUCGUGCUGAGUGAGCCACAGAAGGUCUAUAACAUCAGUCUGACACCAACAUUCCUGACGUCUCCUUAUGGUCGUAUCUAUGUCUACUACGUGGAUGAGACCGGUGAAUUCCGCUAUGCCGAGGAUACUUUCCAUGUAGAUGUCGAGCUACAGAACCAACUUGAGGUGACUGCUCCAGAUGAGGUGAAACCAGGUGCAGAUGUUGAGCUAGAAAUUAAGACGCCGCCGCAGUCAUUCGUUGGCUUGAUGGCUGUGGAUCAGAGCGUCUUGUUGUUGGGAAUGAAAGCCGACAUCCGUAAGGAUUCGUUUGCCUGGCGCCUACAACGCUAUAACACUCACACACCCUGGCAAGGGGGUUACUCCUAUUAUCCCGGUGAACGAAGCGGCGUGGUGACCAUGACAAAUGCCAACUUUUUCUAUAAUCGUACAGCACCCGAUUAUCACACUCGUGAUGUCUUUAGGACGUCCGCACUUGUAUCGAAUGACCAGCCUCUCAGCUCUGCAUCUCCCAAAGUCUGGGUAAAGCAAAGUCAGCUCACUGCGAACACAGUUGGAUUCGCUGCGGCAGCGCCUGCCUCAGCACCGACUGUACGCAAAAACUUUGUGGAAACGUGGCUAUUCGAGGACAUUGAAAAUACAGAAACGGAGAUUUUCAAGUGGGUCCGAAAAAUCCCCGAUACAAUUACAAGCUGGGUGCUGACGGCGUUUUCACUGCAUCCCGACAAGGGCUUGGGCGUGACCAACGAGCAGCUGAAAAUUAAGACUUUCCAGCCGUUCUUUGUGUCCGUGCGUCUACCAUACUCUGUGAAGCGUGGCGAGGUAAUCAAUGUGCCCGCUCUGGUCUUCAACUACCUGCCCAAGCAGCUGGACGUGGAGGUGACCCUGAACAACGAGGAUAACGAGUACGAUUUUGUGGAUGUGUCCAACGAGGUACUGGGCGAACAGAAGCGCACCCAGACGCUGCGCGUGGGCGCCAAUUCCGCAGCCGGCGCCUCCUUCCUUCUGCGUCCCAAAAUCAUUGGCAGCAUUCUGCUGAAAUUUACGGCCAUUUCUCCUCUUGCCGGAGAUGCAGUGCACAAAACCCUUAAAGUGGUGCCCGAAGGUGUCACGCAAUAUAAGAAUCGGGCAUUCUUCGUCAACUUGAAGGAUGUGCACGAGCACAAGGACAGCUUUGAACUGGAUCUGCCGGAGGACCUUGUGCCAGACUCGCAGCAUGUCGAAUUUGGUUUUGUCGGCGAUCUGCUUGGUCCGGUCAUUAAGAAUCUAGAACAGCUGCUGCACUUGCCCAGCGGCUGCGGCGAGCAGACCAUGUCCAAACUUGUGCCCAACUAUUUGGUACAUGAUUAUCUGAAGCACAUGAAGAAACUAACUCCAGAAUUGGAGCAUCGCAUAAAGCGCAAUCUUGAGCAAGGCUACCAGCACAUGUUCCAUUACCGUCACGACGAUGGAAGCUAUAGCUCCUUUGGACCAGGCAAGUGGCGUGAGGAGGAUCCAGAACGCAACGGUUCCACCUGGCUGACGGCCUAUGUGCUGCGCUCCUUUGGCCAGGUGAGGGAUUUGAUAAAGCUGGACGAAAAACAACUGGAGAGCGGCUAUGAGUUCCUACUCAGCCGACAGGCUGAGAACGGAAGCUUCACGGAAGAAGGCGAAUUUUUCUAUGGCUCACAGCGCUCGGCCCUCACGAUGACUGCCAACGUACUUCUGGCUCUACUUGAGCAGCAGAAGCCCAACCAAACGGCCAUCGACAAGGCUGUGGCCUAUCUGAAUGCCCACUCCAAUGAGAAGGAUACGGAAGAUCUAUUGCCCAGGGCUAUUGCUACGUACGCGUUGCAGAAAGCAAAGUCUCCAGAUGCCGCCAAGCAUGUGGCUGCUCUGAAAGCACUUGCCAAGCACGAGGAAGAUCGCACCUGGUGGACGGAAGAUGAUCAAAAAAAAAGGUCUGAAAAAUGUCCACGAUGGUGGUGCUGGAUAAGGAGCCAUGACAUUGAAAUUACCUCAUAUGCACUGCUCUCGUUGCUGGAAUCGGACCUAGAGACUCCCAAUUCGCUGCUGAAUUCGAUUCGCUGGUUGGUGGCGCAGCGGAACAGCUUUGGUGGUUUUGCUUCUUCGCAGGAUACGGUGGCUGGGCUUCAGGCCCUCAUACAGUUCGCCAAGAAGUCCGGCUACGAGCCAGCUAGGUGGGACGUGUCAGUUUCCAAUCAAGGUCCGCGAGAAAAGACUGAGAAGCUCAGCCUGACGGAAGAUAACGAUUUGCUACUACAAACGGUGGAGUUCCCUCAAGGCACCAAGUCGCUGUCGUACGAGGCCAAGGGAACUGGCGCUGCUCUGCUACAGAUCAGCUACCAGUACAAUGUUGUCGAGAAGGAGCCCAAGCCAAGCUUCAAGAUUCAAGCUAUUAUUAAGCCAGAAUCGCCGCCAGCCAAGUUAGAGCUCAGCGUAUGCGUUGAGUAUGUGGAGGAGGGCAAGGCCAAAGCAUCCAAUAUGGCUAUACUGGAAGUCUCACUACCAUCCGGCUAUACCGUAGAUGAGGACAGUUUCAAGGACAUACAGGAAAUCGAGCGCGUCAGGCUGGUGGAGACCAAAAAUGAAGACUCUGUGGUGGUCAUCUACUUUGAGAGUCUGCCCAAGGGAGAAAUCAAGUGCCUACCUAUCGAGGCGUUCAAGACUCAUGCUGUCGCCAAUCAGAAGCCUGCUCCGAUUGUUCUCUAUGAUUACUACGACACGAACAAGAAAGCAACUGAAUAUUACCAGGUCGAAUCAAAGCUUUGCGACAUUUGUGAGGGCGAUGAAUGUACGGCUAAGUGCUGA